CUUUUCCCUUGACCAACGCUUACCUCCACCGCUUCCUGUUCUUGUCCUCCCCCCCAUGUUCUGCAUUCCCCACCUUUAAAUGACUCAAUCUGUGACUACUACAGCGCCAGUUCACACAUAUGCAACCAGAAUUCGCCAGAACAUUACCAUCAAGCCCUCGACACGUCUUCGCCACUCUCCUGAGCCCCAUCGGAAACUCAGACCAGCUCCAGCUCCAGCUCCGGGAGCCUGUGAGACUGGCCUUCGAGCCGACUGCCCAGGACCUGCAGAGACCAGCUUCCCAUCUCCUCACGUCGUCCUUCAUCCAGAGGAUGCAAGCAGCCGUGUCUUUCAUUCAAUCGCGCGGGCGCUCCUUUCCGUUGACAACCGUGCCGUGACGAUCAAAGACCUUGCCGAGAUGUGUGUGGCGCAGGGUCUGGCCUGCCAAAACGUCUCCGCUGCCUCCCAGGCCAUCACAACGUAUAUACGCUCUCAUCUUCAUCGCUGCGACGUACAGCAGGACCAGCCCCUUCUCCUCCGCCACGUUUUGUCCGGAACUCCUUCCGAUGAUCUCCUCCUUCCCGCCCUCCAUUCAAAGUCGGGCGGUGCCCAUCAAAACAUACACGCAGACCCUAAUACUCCUUUACGAUCAACUAAUUUCCGGAAGGGCACCAUGAUAUGGUACCUUAGUCGCGUCACUGGCGCCCCCUGUCCUUUUGCCAGAGCAGGUAUCCGCCUAUGCGACCAUGUCGACGUUUCUGCUACUCUCAAGGACAAGGACCUUCCCAAGCGGAACAGAGACACUCGUAGCUCUGCUGCCAUUGCCGCUUCAGAACAGUGUGGGCAGAAGAGAAAGCGCCGUUCAACCAGAAGCUGUGUACGCGCAGCAAUGUCGGCCGAUGAACACUCGGAUCCUAGCGAGACAGAGGCAGCUCCCCCUCCAAAGGUCAAGCUUACCCUUAGGUUGAAGCCUUUGGCCAAGUGUAUUUCGUUUGUCACUCCUCCGUCGCUGCCCUCUCUUCACCCCGCUCCAUCCGCCAACGUCAUUGAUCUCUCUCUUUCUUCAGACGACGAACAUGAUAACGAAAUGCCCAUCGACUCGUCCGACGACGACUCGUCCGACGAUUCUCGUUCAGAAGCCGAGGAUUCUCGUCCAUCGCAGGAUGCCGAUGAUGAAGAAUGGUCGAUGCAUUCAUAUCCGCGACGAUCAAUCUCUAUACCCCCGUACUCCCCAUCCAGCAGCCAUCCUUCGUUUUCCCCCGCCUCCUCUUUCACUCGAUUCAGACGCUCUACUUCGGUCCCGUACUCUUUAGCAUCACCUCCUCCAGAUUCAGAAGAGGAUGAUGAUAAUACCUUUUCCAUUUUCGGUGGCAGCCGCAAUACUUCUUCCUCUUAUGUCAAUUCUUCUUUUGAUGAAGAGGAGGAUAAUUAUGUUUAUCCGUCGUCGGACUUUGACUCCGGAUUUGAAGACAACAUUGAUAACGAUGCCGAAACUUCCUUCGAAUCCCCAAGCCCCCGUUCCCCCUUCUCCGCUCCUCCUCUUUUACUGCCCUCUAUUGUCAAACAAGAGCCCCGCGAUGUGCAGGGUAUUCUUGAUGCUUGGGACGACAUUGGUAUACGUGCUCCAUCCACAGUGGAAGAGGUCAAAGCUACCCAAGUCAUUGGAGAAGCCGCCGCUCAUAUGUUAAUAAUGGACGUCGGACGCAUACACGAGGAUAACACAGUCAAGUUUGAACCUCAAGACUCGGGUACUGAUUGGGACAGUGAACGUUACCGUUUCUCUUCCUCGCCGCUUGAUCACACCGUCAUCAAGCGGGAGGUUGACUCUCCCGAUCUCGAUCUGAAUGCGCCCUUGAUGUCUUUUACGGCCUGGCGUAACGGUACAGACCUUCUGCUCUCUCCGACAUCGGCUACCUCUGCCAUUGCGAAUCCGUUUGACCUUCGUGAUCCGUUUACCACAUUCGACUACGAUGAGCUCAGCUCGCCAGUAUCCCGUCGCGCCAGCGAGUCGAUCUGGAUGGAAGAUGAUACAGGAGAGUACGCCACGCUGCGACCACGCGCAAAAACGGUCGCCUCCGUUGGGGGUGUCUUCAAAGUCGAGGAUGUCAAAGAAAAUGAGGCGCUUACGUCGCUCAUUGCGGCUUUGAAAAUGACUUCCCAACCGUCCGUACUAUCGCCGGAUGAGGUGAAGCCUCAAGUCAAAAUGGAAGACGCAUCCUUCCUCCCGCUGCCUGUAUGUGUGUCUCCGAAUGACAUACGGCUCAAUUGUGCCUCUCAGGGCUCCGUGAGCGGGAAAGACGUUGUCGUCGUGACGACAUGUCAGCCGUGUGUUCCGGAAAUAUUUGCUACCGAUGUUGAGGGCAUCUCCGUUUAUCGAACGACUAUUGGUGAAUACACCGUCCUUCGAAGGAUUGACACGGACUUUGUCAAUUUGACCCCCAUAUCGGCGUACUCCCACGGGCCACAGCCGGUUCUCAGCACUAUAGCUUCUGCCAUAGUCAUUUCCAAAGGCUCCCCGCUAAUACAAGGUACAUGGGUCCCUCUUGACGUCGCGCAAGCGUAUGUCUGUGAUCACCCUGUCGCCAGCGUCUCUCCGCCUACCACACCCACACGGACGUCUUCGUCUUCAUCGUCCCUAUCCCAAUCAGGUCUCCUUGAUGUUUUCCUCGGCGAUAACCUGUAUCAGCAGUUCCCUGAUGCUAUUCGGGAGUUUGUGAAGCACAGUAGGAAAACUCGUCCACCCGGGUUUGGCAAAGGUUUCGUUAGCAUGAUACAAGCAAGGGAAGUUGCUACCCAAUUUAAUGUUGCACUGGAGGAGAAACCGUUGCCCACGUUAGACACGGUCCUCGAUGAGCAAAAGCCUCGAGCUGUGAUCAGAUAUGAUGAGCCGCUUAGUGCAACAGAGCAGGAAAUGUUCCAUGCUCUUUGCGUCAAUCUGGAAUGGGAGAAGGAUCCGGUGGAGACCAGUAGUGAUUUACUGAUGACUUCAAUUCAACCACCUCCAGAACCGGAGCGGCCGAAAGAUGUUGACACUCGGCCACUACGCCGCUCAAAGAGAGUAGCGGCUAUAGCAUCACGGACUCGUUCAAGGAGACGGGAAUCCAGGAAUCUCUCCUGAUAUUUGUUUCUAUCUUCCCACCACCUCCAUUCGUUUUCAUUGCGUAUUAAUUUUAUUGAAUUGACGUUUCCGCAUUGCCACAUUGUGUCGCUUCUGAAUUCCCAAUCAAUUGCAUUAGAUUUGUAUCAGCUAUAUUUCGUCUCUUGUUCACCUCGA